CGAUCGCACCUCGUAUAACUUAUAAUAUUAUUCAUGUAACAGUGUAAUGUACAAUAUUUUGUUAUUUAUUUUUGGUCCCUGAGUAAUGUAACUGUACAUGUUAGCUGUACACUACAUGAUGACAAGGCUGCUAAAACAAACUCGUGUGUGAUCUACUCAUGUUACAGGCUCGAGCCAUUUUUGCUCUGAUUUAACAAGAGUUCACAUUGUAAAUCACACAAAAAAUAAAAUUGCAAUUUUGAAGUUCAGUUUUUCGUGUGGAUGGCUUCAUGCGUUAAAUGAACUGGAUGACCAUGUAUAUGAAAGGCUACAUUUGGCAGCAGAUGUGUUCAAAGUAGUGCCAUUGUUUUCAAUCAUGAAGAAUAUUGUGAGAAGAGGACAUGUUUUCAUUCAGUCCUUUGCACAUUUACGUAUUGUACAUCCUCUCCCCUUAGAAAACAGCCUCUUUGGUCAUUGUAGCAUUGAUAGCUUCAUACUUAUUAAUAUAUUGCAGGCAAUGGAACUGCUUGUAGAGAAAUUCAUCAGUUCAGCUGGACAGCCACUGAGUCCAGGGGAUGCGUUACGUCAGAUUAUGGAAGCACUGGCUUCUGGUAUUUUAUUGCCAGGUGGUCCAGGUCUUCUGGAUCCCUGCGAAAAGGAUCCAUCAGAUGUUGCAGGGAACAUGCUGCCUCAACAACGGGAGGACAUAACUGCUUCAGCACAGCAUGCACUCCGAUUGAUUGCCUUCCGUCAAAUACACAAGGUGCUGGGAAUGGAUCCAUUACCACCUCCAGAGUUUACUCGUGGAAGAUUUAACCGUAAACGUAGGCGUGGCAGUAGCCCUGGAGAAGGCAAUGAUUCUGAAGGUGCAGAUUUUUAAGAUGUACAGCAGUGGUCCCCAAUGCGGUGCCCGCGGGUGCCAUGGCGCCUGCCAAGGCUUUCUUUGGGUGCCCGCGUUGUUACAGAAAGAGGUUAUACUUAAUAAUGAAGGCUGUUCAACCAUGAACAUUAUAAAAUCAAAGCGCAGAUCUCGACUUACUGACGCCCAUCUUGAUGAUU